AUGGGGUAUUACUUGCCAACUAUGGUACAAGACUCCAUGAAUUAUGUAAGAAAAUGUGAAGCUUGCCAAGUCCAUUUUUCAGCAGGGCGUGCAUACAUCCUCGUCGGAACCGACUAUUUCUCUAAGUGGGCCGAAACCGUACCAUUGAAGGAAGUAAAGAAAGAAAAUGUUGCAGAUUUCAUUCGUAUCCAAAUCAUUUAUCGAUAUGGUGUCUCGCGGCAUAUCAUAACUGAUAAUGUCAAGCCAUUUUGCAAUAGCCACAUAAACAAUUUAUGUGCAAAGUUUGGGUUCAAACAGUACAACUCUUCUAUGUACAAUGCGUUAGGUAACGGAUUAGCAGAGGCGUUCAACAAAACGCUAUGCAGUAUGCUAAAAAAGGUUAUCUCCAAAUCAAAAAGGGAUUGGCAUGAAAAAAUUGGCGAAGUCUUAUGGGCUUAUCGGACUCUAACACAAGCCACUCCUUACGCCUUAGUAUUUGGGGUGAAAGCUGUACUUCUUCUGGAAUGUCAAAUCCCGUCACUUCGAAUUUCCAUUCGAGAAGGUUUGACAACUGAAGAAAAUGCUCGUCUUCGAUUGGAAGAGCUAGAAGCUUAG